UCCAACAAGGAAGUAGCCGAUAAACAGAUAAAAUGCCUUUAUUAUUUAAGUUUAUGGCGUUCUUAAAAUGACAGGUGUAAGAGCAAACGCAGAUAGCAAAGGAAACUUAUUUUCAAUUAAAUUUUCGACCUUAUUUCGAAAAAAUGUCCGGUUUUAACCUAUUUGGGAAAGCUGGCCAUGGUGAUGCUAAGUACAGAAAAGUUGCGUCAUCAGAUGACGAGUUUUCCCUGUCUGAUGAGGAGGAAGUCUUGUUCAAGACUCCCAGGGAAAUAGAGCUGAACCUUUACCCAAACUCCAGCAAAAGUGUCGGCACAAAGACGGGCGCGUCCUGUAUGAAACAGGCAUGCUUGGUGUGCACUAUUGUAGUUGUAAUCAUCUGCGUGUUCACUGUUGGCGUCACUUUGUAUAAGAAUGCUCAUCAUGCAGCUGGUCACACAAACAGAACCUUGUCGGGGAGUGGGGCUGGAAAGAUUCGCCAGAAUGUUACGGGUCCUGGAGUCAAGUGGCGGAAAAUUAUUCAAAAAAGAGCCUCGGAAGGUGCUGAAAUGCUGUUUGAUGUGGACGGUGAUGGGCUGGAUGAUGUGAUUCUGGGGAGCGGGAACACGGAAAGGUUUGCAGGCGCCGCAUGUGCUAUGAUGGAGGUUCAGGAUCAACCAGGAAGUGACCUAUUUCACAAUCUGAGAACUAUGUGCAAUAUCACAGGGUUCCAGUAUCCAUGUUUCGGCUCUAUCAUGGCUUUACGGGGAUACGAUGGCAAAGUUCUGUGGGAUAUUGACGUCAGGUCUGAAGUGCUGUUCUUCAACUGUGAACAGUUUGAUUUCGACAAAGAUGGCAAGCAGGACUGUAUAGCCACUGGAAGAAUGGGCACAAUUAUUGCCUUCAACCCCAGGAAUGGUAGCAGUUUCUGGGUGUUGGAGGAUGAUGAUUGGCUGAAGGCAACAUGGAAUGUCUACCGCCCGACCGCCAUGCCUGACUUGGACGGGGAUGGCAUUCCUGAAAUGCUCGUGGCUAAUGGCGGGGAUACCAGAAAGGAACCAGAUGACCACGAUCGAGCCCCAGGCAGGUUAUUGAUCCUUAAAGGAGGUACAGGGAAGCCGUUUGGGGCCCGCUACUAUGAUCUCCCCAACAGUCGGGAAACUUACAUGAGCCCAGUGUUGUACAAACCCUUCUUACACACGUACAUCCUGUUUGGAAGUGGCGGGGAAACUGUCUCAGGUGACCUUAUGGGUAUUAAUCUAGAAGAUUUCAAGUGUUACGUAACGGCAGAUAAUCCUGAUAAAUGUCAGCUAGUUGGACCUGACCCGCGUGAUCCAUGGAGUAGCAAGUUUGUCAGAGAUGCGAACGGCACCUUCAUCAUACACAAAGGGCAGACUAAAGGGGCUAUGGUCACACCAGUACUGGCAGAUAUCAAUGGUGACGGUGUUCUGGAUGUGGUCGCCUCAUUGUUUGACGGGCAGGUCGUCCUGUAUGAUGGGAAAACAGCCACGCAGAGCUGGGUAGCUCACUUUCCGGGCAUGGAGUCUUACAGCACCCCAGCACCUGGCUAUUACAAUGAUGAUGACAUACUGGAUAUAAUGAUCCACUGGAAUAAAGGAGAGUGGAUGAAAUACAGUGUUUCCAAUGUGUCAAUCAUAGAUGGCCAUGAUGGUUCCCUGCUCUGGUCCCUCAACUCUACUAGAAUGCAGUUCAGCUCUGUGUUGACCCUGGGAACCAGCCAGAGAAACCUGCACAAGUUUGUGUUCUCUGUGACAGGACGCGACUCCCCGUAUAGCUGGAGAGAAGAUGGCUCACUUGUAAGGUUUGGGGUACCAGACACUGCCAACAGAACUAAACGUCACGGUCAAGAGACUCCAGAAGGUGAAGGCAGCGAAAAAAAAUUGGGUGACUAUUCUCCAGAGCAGAGGAAGAGCGAUGUUGCACAUUCAAAGCUAAUGUGUGAUGAUGAUUUGAGUGGUCACAUGACCGAGGUGCUUAUGGUUGACCGCACACAGCCCAGCAGGGCACACAGGAUCCUCAACUCUCCUACACAGAAACAUACUUAUGAUGCCCUCCCAAGGUGUGUGUCCACAGUGCUGAAAGACCACAAGGUAGCCCCUCCGUUAUUCAUGCAGAAUAACCACAAAGAAGGUGAUAGUGAUGGCAACCCUGAUCCAUCAAGUAACAUUAGAAACACAGCAACGUCACCUCAAAAUAACCAACAAGCUCCGCCAGUGCAAUCUCCAAGUUAUUUCAACAACCCUCCAUUCGAUCCAGACAGUGUCCCAGAUAACCCAAAUCAGCGUAUAGGUCAUCCACCUUCACCAAAGAAAGACAGACCUCGUCGAAACAAUCACAUGACCAAUGGUAGGAAGGGCACGGAUGACCCACCAGAUGGGGUGGGGGAGAUUGAGGAGCAGGAAUAUGAGGAUGUUCAACAGUGUGACCCUCGUGCCAACUUUCCUCCCAAUGUGACGCUGGUUCCCAUGUGUAAUGUGGAAUCCCCUGACAGCAUGAGUACAGGUCUGAUCAGUGACUUUGACGGUGAUGGGAUGUUGGACUACAUGUCUGUACGGGCUCUGCAUUAUGAUGAGCUGGACGCCGGCUACUGUAUGCAGGGGAUCAGCUUCUUCAUAGAGAUUAAAGUCGUUAGCCUUCAGAUAAGUUAUGAGACAGGGACCCUGGAAAAAGUGUUGUUACAUGAGAAGACAAAGAUGCCCAUGCCUGACCCCCUCCACCCCAUCACAGAGCACCCCACCCUCCUGCCUGUUGACCAGCAGACAUGGACACAGUUCAUGGGCAAAACACAUGACUCUGUGUAUACAAAGCCUGGUGAACAAUAGAGUAACAGUCUUUUGGAGAUUAUUGGAUUUAUGAAAGGCUCUAUGUUCACAGACUAUUAUAUUUAUAAAAGGCUCUCUAUUCAAGACUAUUGGAUUAUAAAAUGCUCUCUAUUCGAGACUUUCAGAUUUACGAAAAGCUCGCUGUCAUAGACUAUUGGAAUCAUGACACACUCUGUUAAGGACUAUUGGAUUUAUGAAAUAUUCUCCAUCAGAGACUAUUGGAUUUAUGAAAUGCUCUCUGUCAGAGACUAUUGGAAUAAUGAAAUGCUCUCUGUCAGAGACUUUUGGAUUUAUGAAAUGCUCUCUGUGUCAGAGACUAUUGGAUGUAUACUCUGUUAAAGGCUAUUGGGUUUAUGAAAUACUGUUAAUUUGAGACUGUUUUAUUUAUGAAAUGCUCUCUGUGAGAGACUAUUGGAUUUAUGAAAUGCUCUAUGUCAGAGACUAUUGCGGAGUAUUGGAUUUAUGAAAUGCUCUCUGUCAGAGACUAUUGGAUAUGGAUUUAUGAAAUGCUCUCUGUCAGAGACUAUUGGAUUUAUGAAAUGCUCUCUGUGAUGUGUACUUCUUAAAGAUUUCUUACAAAGAUUUUAUGAAACCAGAUAUAUCAUAUAUUGUGAUAUGUUGCUUUUACUGCUUUUAUGCUAUUUCUUUAAGAUACUAUUUUUCUAAAGACAUUCAUUUAUUCAGCUUUGUCUUAUGAAAAACUUGCUUUACUGUGAAAUCAGCAUUAUGUUUUAAUGUAUCUGGUGAUAUCAACCUUUUGAGAUGUGAUAUUGAUAUGCCAACUUUGUUUAGCUCCAAAGACAGCCCCUAAGUUUAAUUAUAAUAUAUUAUUUUGUGUUUUUGAAUAUUUUUCACUUGUUUAUAUUGUUGUGUUAAUAGAAAACAGCUAAAUCCCACCAUUUGUGUGACAGUGAUUUGUUAGGUAGGUUCAGGCAAAUAGAAUCAUUUUGAUCUUAUUUUUGAUUAUUUACAAUUUUUAUAACAUGCCUUCCAGUGAUUUAUUAGUGAAACAAAAAUGAUGUUAAACAGUGAAAUAACAUUUUGAUAUUUUUCAUCGAUUCGAAAUUUACCUAAAUUAAGUGUCAGCACGCUUAGGGCUGGGACACACUUUCAACGACUUUAUUUCUGACCUGAUGUUACGCUUGCAUUCAUUUCUGCAUGCUUUUCUACAAAACUACAAUUAAAUGUCAUUUUAUACCCUUUUUACAAAUAUAAUAAAAACAAAAUUGUUUGUUUCAUUGUCAGUUUGCGAUGUAUUUCACCUCCUGAACAUCAAGUAAAUAUUUCACUUGUUGCUAUGCCACUAAUGUGAAAAACAUAUUUUGGUGCUCACUCUGUGAAAUAUAUUAUGAUCUUCCACUGAAACAAACCAUUAUCCUCUAUAUGUCACUUUACAUGUAUACAACAUUUUGAGUGUUCAAUAUAUACAAGUACAUUCUAUCACAAAGGCAUCAAUGAAAAAGUUAUAGUUUAGGAGUUCAUUGUUUUUGGAACCUUGAAAGAUUUUAAGCUAUUAUGGUUGAUCAUCGCCUAACUGUUGUACUUUAAAUAUGGUUGUCGUCUAUCUUAGAAAGUAGCUUUUGUAUUGUUAUUAAGUAAAAGACAAUGAUUAAAUAGUUUAGAUUUUGUAUGUGGAUACAUACUGUUGUAUGUAUAUGAUCUCAUUGGUCAUUUUUGUGAUAAUAUUGUAUUUUAUUAUAUGCUUUCAUGUAUUAUAUAGAUAUUUAUCAGUGAAAUAAAAAAGUUAUUUCACUGUUUCAAAUAGUGUAAGAACAUUUUAAUAUUUUUCACUGUUUUGAAAAUUUUGGCCUGCUCUGACAAUUCAAAUUCGAACGUCAUUGCGCACAGGGCUGGACUCAAUUUCAACGACGUUAUUUCAAUUACAAAAUUACAAUUAAAUGUCCUUUUAUAUCCUUUUUAGGCAUAUUAUAAAAAGAAAAACUGUUUCUUUCAGUGUAGGAUCGCAAUAUAUUUAACCUCUUGAACAUUAAAAGUAAAUAUUUUACUUGCGGCUCUGCCACUAGUGAAAUAUAGCUUUUUGGGUUCACUUUGUGAAAUAUAUUACGAUCUUAUUCUUAAAUAAACAAUUAUCCUUUAUAUUAAACUGGGAUUCUUGAUCAUCUGAUAUUAUGUCACACGUUUCCUGAUAAGAUGGUUUCCAUGUGUAUUCAUGAAGACUAGUGUUUACACGGUUUGGGGCUUGGCUUAACAGCAUUCUAUACAUGUUUUAAAAUAUAUAUCUAUCAUCAUUUUACCUCAACUUGACAAAGAAAGUUAUUUUAUUAUACUAAAUAUAUAAUUUUAUAAUGAAAUGUGUAGCUUGUAUUAAGAAUGGUACAUACUACUGGUUGUAUUGAUUCAUGCUUGAUCAAUAUCUGGUCAAAUUUCUGUCUCAAUGAUUGUCAGUUUCACUCAAGAAAGAUUUAGAAUGUUGACAAUUUGAUGGAGGUUUAUUUAGGUACAGCUUUAAUAUCAAUCAAUCCAAUUAUCUUGAACUAUAAAGUUUAAUCUUGUCUGGUUUUUUUUGAAGAAAUAAACAGUUAAAUUAUUGUCAUAGCUUUGAAGUUGUUGUUGUCAGUGACAUCGUUGUCAUACAAGAACUCAAGCCUUGACUCAAAAACUGUCCAAAAUGUUCAAGUGAAACUUGGUACACAUGUCGCAAGAGACAGUAUAUACAUGUAUAGUUCUUAACUCUGGCUUUAAUUAUAAUGUCAAGACUCUUGUUUGAUUGAAAACACAACUACAAUAGAUAGCGAUUCUCCACAGCGGACUUGUUUAAAGAACAUUCCAUAUCCGAGAUCUCCUUAUUUGAUUUUGUUAAUAUUUGAUAUCUGUUUUAAAUUGAUUAGUUACUCUGGUACUAAAAGCUUCAAAAUGUAAUUCUAUUAUCCACAGCAUCAUAGGCUCAUGCUUUUACCUUUAAAUAAUGAUAGUAUCGAUAUAUAUUUUAUUCUGUAAAUUCCAUAUAUGUUUUCAAUGUAAUUGUGAUAUUAUACAUAGUUUAUGAUUAUAUUGUUAUUUACAUAUAAUGCUUAUUUCAUGAUGGUCUUAUUUUAAUCAAGAGUGUGUAGUUUAUUUUUCCUCCAUCGUAUAAGAUCUGUCUCAUCAUGAUUUCAAGCAAAUGUACCAGAUAGUUCUUUCAUAGAGCGUUCAUUCUCGCUACUGUUUGAUAGCACCAUAUCAUUUGCUUUGCUCUCUUUUGCCAUAUUAGUAUAUCUCAUGUGCCAUUUUUACAAAAAUGAUUGUUUGUGGCUUGUUCUGAGUUUAUACCAGUUAUUAUUGUAGAAUUGUUUUUGUACUUUUGAUAAUAAAUCUUUUAGUUUU